AUGGUGGUUUUUGCUUUCGGUGCCGUUGUCAAGGAGGAGUUGCCAAUAGCAUGGCCCAAGAAGUAUUCGUUUGAAAAAAUAAGAAUAUCGGUCACGGGUGGCUUAGUGGAGAAUAUGAAAGUAUGGCACACCAGUAAUAGGUCGAGAAUUGACUACAAUAACGGUGCAGUGAAAACAUUCACGGUAUCUUUCGCAUUCGAAAAUGAAUAUGGCAUCAAAUACGAGGUCCACCCGGUUACAAACCAACAGGACACUAAUGAAAUGGUUUGUAAUAAACGGCAUGGUUCCAGCUCUAAUCGUAUUGAAGCAGAAACAGGCUUACCAACGCUAAUGAAAGAAUAUAAAUACAUAGGUGUAGAUACAUUAAGAGGAGAUAAUUAUUCGAUUUAUUAUUGUGAAGAAGUCGACGUAACCAAUGACAAAUAUACACUAACCGUGAAUCAUGAUGAAGAAAACAAUAUUUGGAUACCAAUCAGAUAUGAGAAAAUUGAGUAUAACAUCUGGCUAGAGAGCGUUCAAAAUCAUGAAGUAUGGGAAUUCCACAAUUUCCAAACAGAUUUCGAUGACGACAUAAUAUUUGAUACAUCAGAAUAUGACUGUGACAAAAGCUCUGUGAUGUACACUUUAGACGACGAAAAAGUUACUAAGUCCUUACUUCUCAUGGAUCCUGAAAACAUUAAACACGUAGAUCAUGCUUUUGAGACAUUCAAACGGAAGCACGACCGAGUUUAUUCGGAUGAUGACGAACACGCAAUGCGAAAAAGUAUUUUUUUAAACAACAUGAGACGUGUUAUUGCCACCAACAGGCUGAAUCUCGGUUACAAGCUGUCUAUAAAUAAAUUUGCCGAUCGAACGCCCGACGAGAUGAAACGUUAUACAGGCUUGAAAAAAAGGAGUAAAAAUGAUUUUGGCACUAUUUCUUUCCCAUACAGUGAUACGCAAGUCAAAGAAAUAGUCGAAACCUUGCCGAAGAACUUCGACGCUAGAGUUUUGGGGCUUGUCACCCCCGUUCGUGAUCAAAAGGAGUGCAAGAGUUGUUGGUCAUUUGGCGCCACCUCUGCUGUCGAAGGUGCGCUCGCCAGGAGCAAUGGCGGGAGACUGUUAAGACUAAGCAACCAAGCACUUAUUGAUUGCGCAUGGAGUUUUGGCGCCGAAGGAUGUGACGGUGGGUCUGAUACUGCCGCUUACAAUUGGAUAACGAAGUACGGUAUACCUACUGAGGAAGAAUAUGGGAUAUAUAAUAACAGGGACGGAUUAUGCCGCAUCGGUAAUAUGACGGACGUUUAUAAAAUUCGCGGAUUCACCGAUGUCACUCCAUUAAGCGUGGACGCUUUGAAGGUGGCCGUUGUCAAUCAUGGACCACUAUCAGUGUCAAUGCAUUGUCCUGAAAAUCUUAUUCUGUAUUCCGGCGGAAUUUUUUAUGACCAAACGUGUGAUUCGAAUCUGAACCACGAAGUCACUUUGGUGGGCUAUGGGGAAAGAGAUGGCGAAACUUAUUGGAUCAUUAAAAACUCGUGGGGUAGUCACUGGGGGAUGGAUGGUUACUUCCACAUCACGACUCGAGACAACAACUGCGGCAUUACUACGGAAGCUACAUAUCCUGUGUUU